UCUUGUUACGUUCUUAACUUCAUUUGCGUUUAAAACAAUUUGGUUAUUAAUGGAAAAUUGUCUUUGUGUGAUGUACAAUAGUUCAUAUGUACUUUAGGUUACUGAUUUUGCAGUAUCGAUAUCUGUAAUAAUAAUAAUAAUAAUAUGUGAUGCUAAAAAGUUAAGAUGCUGACAGAUAAGUGAGAGAUUUCUAAUUGUGAAUGUGAGCUUUGAAACUGAAACCGAAAGUUACCAAAUCCGAAUAUCAUAAAAUAAUGCUUAUGACCUUCGUUUGGGUCGUAUGACUGACUUGGAUUUUCAGUUUCACAGAACUUUAACUUACUGCAGAGAAUUUACCUACGGAGGUUUACCAUUACCAAUGACAUAGAUUUAUCUCUGCGAUGUAUUCAUUUAACUUUUAAGUGUACUCGUGUUGUCAGGCAUCCAUUUUUUGAAUUUUAACCAACCUAAAAUUUUAGUUGUAAAUACUAGUACUUAAAAUUGUAUCUAUUAUACUAGUCUGUAGUGAUGUGCAGGACCAUUUACAUUGCAGACUCACUAUCAGUUUUCGAAGGCCUAAGAGUAAUAUCUGCAAAUCUGAACAUAGCUUGGUACUUGAAAGUUGAAGUUGAAAUAUCGAGAGACCAAGAAUCAUGCAUGAUCUAGGCCAGAGACGUCGAAAGUGUUAUGACGUGACUGAUUCUUUACCUUUCAAUUAUAUUGAAAUAAUGGCAAAUUCUAGAUUGAAAGUUCAAAAAUGUGGAAUUAGUAACUGCUCUGUGCAACAUAUUUGCAGUUCUUGUUCUUCGACUUGUGAGAAUACAAUUUUCAGAAUAGCUCGAAUUCUUUAUACCCAUAUGGCACUACUGUGCUCUGUCAAUUUUUUUGUAGUAACAGUCAGAACUGUUGGAUUGGUUGUUCUUUAUUAUGCCUUUUCUAUUGGAAUAACAUUUUAUCAAAAAUGGUUUAUCAAGAACUUCCAUUUUCCUCUGACUGUUGUCAUCUGUCAUCUGGUCGUAAAAUUUAUUUUGUCAGCAGUUGUCAGGGCAGUGUGGGAAAUUUGGUCAGGCCAACAAAGAGUAAUUCUGAAGUGGAAUGUUUACAUCAAACAAUUAGCUAUUGCUGGAAUAGCAAGUGCCUUAGACAUAGGGUUUUCUAACUGGAGUUUUGAAUUCAUCACAGUGUCAUUGUAUACUAUGACCAAGUCAACAUGUAUUAUAUUUAUUUUGGGAUUUUCAAUUCUAUUUGGAUUAGAGAAAAAGAGGCUGUCCCUUGUAGGUGUGGUCUUCCUGAUAAGUGUAGGUCUUUUCAUGUUUACAUACCAUUCCACAGAAUUCAACCUCCAAGGCUUUCUCUUGGUAUUGAGUGCAUCUUUUUUGGCUGGAAUGAGAUGGACAGUGGCACAGCUAAUCAUGCAGAGAAAAGAUUUAGGUUUGUCCAACCCAAUGGACAUGAUAUAUCAUAUCCAGCCAUGGAUGAUUUUAGGAUUAUUACCUUUAGCUGUCGCUUUUGAAGGUCUUCCUAUUGCCACAUCAGAAAAAGUUUUUCGCUUCAGAGACACAGAUGUUCUUCUCAGUACGUGUGUUAGGAUUCUAAUAGGAGCCACAAUAGCUUUUCUAAUGGAAGUUAGUGAAUACUUGCUCCUUACAUAUACAUCAAGUUUGACUUUGUCCAUAGCAGGCAUUUUGAAGGAAGUUUGCACACUUUACCUAGCCGUUAGCUACAAUGGUGACAAGAUGACUACCUUGAACAUCCUUGGGUUGGGUGUUUGUCUUUUGGGGAUAAGCAUGCAUGUGAUAAUUAAAGCUCUUCAUUCUAGAGGUCAUCGCUCAUCCUUCCGAACCUGCAUAGUUUCUUUCUUAAACUCCAACACCAUGCACUGAACUAAGAAGCUGGAACAAACAAAGAAAAUGACAUAAAGAAGUGGCUGUUAAGUAAUGAAAGCAAAGAAACAGAGGAUGCUGUGUUUGAGUUUCAUUAAUUGAGAUAACAGACAACAUAAGUGUGAUGAAGGUGCGUUGGAGCUUGACUGGUUUGUGUUUACAUAAGUAGAAGUGUGAAAUUGAUAUUACCUUGUGUAAACUAUAACAUAUAAGAUUAACAUUAUAUGUGAAUUAAAAAGGGAGAUUAGUUGGACGUGAGAAGAUUUUCUUGAUUUGACCAUCCCUAUUUUAAGAUACGUUGAAAAAUGUGUCUAGUAAUUUGAAGGUUUAAAUUCAGUCAGUUAAUAUUUCAAGCAAGUAAUCUGAUCGUGAUGAUUUCUGAAGUUGUGAUUGUAGACAACCAAAAAACAUUCCCCAAGUUGGAACCACAAAAUGUUUUCUUUUUUUUGGUAUAGAAGCAUAUUUUCUCUUCUUAUUGCUUUGUUUUAAAUACAAUUUACUUUUUAUAAUUAGUCAAUAAUGAAGCAAAUUUUUAAUCAUUCAAAAUUAAAAUUUUUUUUUGUUUUUAGUUUUCUAAAUAUGCCAAAAAUUUCAGCUCACAAUUAUUAACAGUAUUGGUAUUUGGAACAAAUGAAUAGAAUUUGUUUCAAACAAUAAAUAAUUUUUUGUUGUAUGCCUGAUAAAAUUCUUAUUUUUUUAAUUUAUAAUUAUAGUUGUGAAAUUAUAUUAAAACACACUAGAAUAAUAUGUCUUGUUUGUUGAGGCAUUUUCUGAAAAUCAUAUAAACUAUUUAGAUCACCCAGUAAUUUCAGUUAUGUUUUGUAUUAAGUUAAAUGAAUAAUUUAUUACUGCACAACACAACCUUAUACUGCAUUUUCUUAAUGACUUCUGAGAUUUUUUUAUUUUAGCAGGUGAUAAAAAGGAGAGCUGUUUUAAAAGAAAUUGAAUGUUAUGUCACAUUUGAAUCAUAUAGUAAAAUAAGAAGUUUAUAACUCAAAAAAUGUUUUGAAACAUUCUGCACCAUUACUUAUGAAACUCUUGAGAAAUCGUUUUUUUCUUAUUUGUAAAUUUUAAAUUCAUACUGACCAACUUCCUAAUUCAUAAACUUGUGUAUUUUCAGUCUUGCAAAAUUUGAUAUUUUCAGAAUGGAAUGUGAAAAUAAAAAUAGGAGAUAUUUAUUGAUAAUCUUACUAACAUUAUUUGAAGUGCAACUAUUUGAAGAAAAGAUCAACUUUAAGCUAGGAAUGUGUGUUAAAUUUUCAUUGUAGCAACUUUCAAUGGAAUAUGUCUGUUCCACUUUACUGUUUCCUGAGAUACGAAAUCUUGAACCAAAUAACUUUUUUGAAAAUUUGUCCUUACUGCAUUUUCUUAUACAUAGAUUACAAUUACGUCACACAAAUACAUCAGUUAACCUUAAGAGUAAGACUUGGAAUUAGAUUAUAUUAAACUCAUUUUUAUAAUGUUACUUGUCUCCCAUAGGUUAUGUUCCUUUAAUUAUAAUAUGUAAUAAAUUUAUAUAUAUGUAAGAAGUGUAAUUUGAAGAUAGUUCUUCUGGAGAAAAAAAUCUGUACAAAUAAGUUUUUUUCAUUGACAUAGUCUAUUAGAAAAAUUACAUAAAAAAAGCAUUAAAAUCUUAUGUAUAUCUUUUUUUUAUUGUAGUAUUCUAUAUACCUAACUCAAAUAUUAAGAGCAUUGUUGUGCUGUCUAUUUGUUGUUUAAAAAUUCUUUAAAUAUUUGUUUAAUAGACUUGAAUUAAAUUAUGUGAAAGUUUUGAGAUUAUCUGGGUACCACUUAAUUAGAUUUGGUGAAUGUUAAUCAAAGGUAUGUGUUAUAACAAAAGUGGUUCAAAUGCUACUACUUAAAAUGUUUGUAAAAAUUGAUGGUCUCUUUAGAAUAAAGUGAUAACAUGAUGUAAUUAAAUCCCAGCAGGAAAAUAUAUUGUUUCAUAUUUUUUGUGCAUUGAAAGGUCUGCUUUCUUUGAAGUAGGGGUUCAUGCUUCCACAGGAUUAAUGUUUUAAAUUUUAGAUGUGAUUUGUGUUCAUUUCUCUCUCUUUCAAUCUGCAGUGCCUCGUGUAUGAAUAACUCACUUAAAUUAUUUAGCCCUUUUUGAAAUGCUAGUAAAGCUCUGAAUAAGAUUUAUACUGGGAACAAUUUUCAAAUGACAUAAUGUAAAUGAAAAAUUUGAUAACAUAACUUUUAACAACCUUAUAGACAUGUCAGUAACUUGUUGUGGUAGUUUUUUUUUUUUCUAUUUGAUAUAUUAAGUUAAUUUCAAGUUGAAUCCUUGCUAUGCCUUUGCAAGGAACAUAGAGUCAGUACUUUUGAACUCAGAUUUCAAGUGGCAUAAGCAAAUGAGAAUGAUUACUUAUUCCACCUGGACAGGAUGCCAGUCCAUUGCAAGUUAACUAACCCCCAGCUUACAGUUGGGUAGAGUAAAGUGUCCUGCUCAAGGACACAACAGCAUGACGUGGGCCCCUUGAACUCGCAACCAUUUAAUGACGAGUCCAAAGCAUGAAGCCACUGAACCUGCUGCUUCUGAUAUACUAAUAAAACUCUUAAAUGUUUGCAGUGUUGUUUUAACAUUUCAAGAUUUUCUACAACGUAAGAAAUAAUGUAGAGAACUUUCCAAUUUAUUAGAUGAGGUUUUGUUUAAAAACUUUCUAACAUUUUAUAAUAUAAGCUUUCAUUUUAAUGGCAUUGUCACUAUUUCAUAGUUCAAGAACUCCUUAAUGUUUUGGUAACCACUGUUUCUAUUCAAAGGUAUUGUUCAUAUGUUUAAAAAGUAUAAUUCAGUGCCAUAAAAUUUGUAAGUCUAUUAAAAAUAAAAUUCGUCAUUGUUUUCUUGGGUUUGAAA